UGUCUUAGCGACGGCGGUGGCGUCCCAAGAUGGCGUCGUGGCUACCGGAGACUCUGUUUGAAAUUGUAGGACAAGGCCCGGCGCCGAGCAAAGACUAUUACCAGUUGUUGAUCACCCGAACUCAGAUCAUCUUUAGAUGGUGGAAGAUUUCCCUGAGAAGUGAGUAUCGGUCAGCAAAACCUGGAGAGACAAAGGAAACUCACGAAGACUUCCUAGAUAACUCUCAUCUUCAAGUUCAAGUCGCCGUAGUAUUUGGUGCAAAGAUAUUAGACUAUGUCUUCAACCUGUGUGAAGGUAAAUUUGACUACCUGGAGCGGCUCUCUGACAAACUGCUGCUGAAGAUCAUGAACUACCUGGACUUGGAAGACAUCGCCAGGCUCUCUCAGACAUCAAGCCGGUUUGAGAAGCUGUGCAAGAGUGACUCGCUGUGGGAGCAGAUAGUCCAGUCCACCUAUGACACCAUCACCCCUGACAUGCGGGCCCUGGCGAAUGACGUGGGCUGGAGACAGAUGUUCUUCACCAACAAGAUCCAGCUCCAGAGGCAGAUCCGCAAGAAGAAGCAAAGACAGGGAAGCGAGACUACGAAGCCUACUUAGGGGACGGCUGUUCCCACAACUGAGGCCACAGUGGUGCAUCUCUUCAGGUCCAAUCUCACUCUCUCUUAACAACAGGUUUUGCUGAUUCCAGGCAUCACUUGAAAAAUCAGAUUUUUCACACACAUGCAAAUCCACCUAGUGCCUUGCUUGAGCAAUCUCCCCUGUCCUGCUCAGGCCAACCCACGGCCCAUGUACUAAGGGCUUCGAGACAGGAAGCCUCUCAGACCACCUCCUUCCUGAUCCCCUGUUGCCCAUGAGGAAAGAGGCACCUGCUGUGUAUGAACUAACAAUAAAGAGUUAUUGGC